GUCACUCUACACGUGCUCUCUUCCCAGCCUGAAUCUGGUUCGUUCUGCGCAUGCAAACAAGGAACCCCUGAAAUUCUAGGUCACCCCCCCCGCAAAAAAACCCCUUUAUUUCCUCCCCUCCCCCCCCCCCCCCCCCCCAGGAAGGCCAGCGCAGCAGCAGCCGGGGAGGGAGGUGCGGCUUGGGGCGGCCCGCGGAGAGCGCAUGGAGGAGGAGCCGAUGGCGGAAAAGCAGCCGGUGGAAGAGGAGGAGGCCCCGGCGGAGGAGCGGCUGGAGCUGGCCUUCCAGCGCGGCUUCCUGGCCGGAAGGCGAGUGGCCCAGCUGCCCUGGGAGGAUCUUGAACAGACCUUGUCAAAUACAAAAGAUUCCUCACUGUUGCUGGCAGUUUUGCAGAAGACUGUUCUUCACCCACUGUGCUUGAAGUACCCCCCCUCAGUGAAAUACAGGAGACACUUCUUAUCAGAACUCAUAAGGAAGCACGAAUGUACAACAGACGAGCCUCUGGAUGAGCUAUACGAAGCGCUGGGUGAUGUUUUAAAUGCGGCAGCAUCGACACACUGUUACAAAAGCUACAUCCUGCCUUCAGGAGAUGCUGUGACGAUCCGUGAAAAUGUGGCGAUAAUUUCACAAGGGACCACAGGCCUCGUCACGUGGGAUGCUGGUCUUUACCUGGCUGAAUGGGCCCUGGAACACCCUUUUGUCUUCACUAACAGGAGGAUCUUGGAGUUAGGGAGUGGGAUCGGCCUGACAGGAAUUACAGUCUGCAAAACCUGCCGCCCCAGGGCUUACACCUUCAGCGAUCACCACCAGUGUGUUCUAGAAGAGCUGUCGGAGAAUAUCCGCUUGAAUGGCCUUUUUGUGCAAUGUGAACAUUACAGUCUUGCCGGGGAGAAAUGCAGAGAUCGCGAGGCAGAGCUGGCCAAAUUGCAGGGUCCCAGCAUAACGGUUGCAGAACUUGACUGGAAUUCAGUUACAGAAGAAGAGCUUGCAAAAUUUCAAGCAGAUGUUAUCAUUGCUGCAGACGUGGUGUAUGAUCCAGACCUAACACGGUCCCUGGUUGCUGUGCUGCAGAAACUACCUGCUUGCACCAACGAUGGAAACCCCACAGAAAUCUACAUUGCCUCUACGUCUCGAAAUCCGGACACUUACAGCCAUUUCCAAAGGGUGCUUGAGCAAGUCGGGAUCAGAUGGGAAGAUCUCCCUGAGCUACGGAAGAACUUUUUGCCUUACGAUCAGAAUGCAAAGAUAUCAAUUCUAAAAUUGCUUCUGUAAGCCCAGCCCCCAGAAUUCUAAUUCAGCCAGGAAAACAUUUGAGUUCUAGAACACGAUGAUACCAUCCUGCAUUCUGAUUUUAAUGGAUAGCUCCAGUAUUUGUGCCUUAGGAGUGGCUUAACGCAUCACACUGGAGAAGGCAAAACUCACGUUGUCAUCCUCUUUGCCAAGGGAAUGUUUAACGAUGUUUGUGAUUUUUAACUUUCAAGCCUGUCUGAAGGGCUGGCAGACUGGGUUUCCUUAAAACGAACACUGGUCUCUUCUGAAUUUUGCAGACGGGGAUAAAAUUUUGUUCCUCUUGCAAUCACACAGUGUGCCCAUUACUGACUGAUCUACUAUGUAUGAAUUCUCAAGAAUUGUCCUACUGGCUCCUUUACAUACCAAACUUGGAAUUGGAGUGAAAGGGAAGUUCUUCAAUUAAAGUCGUUUGUUUUAUAAA